GGCCACUCCUCCCGCAGACCACAGCUCCGCCGGCUCCUCCGCCCAGUGUCGCGGGCCCCUUUCGCUAUGACUUCCUACAGCUAUCGCCAGUCGUCCGCCGCCUCGUCCUUCGGCGGCCUGGGCGGCGGCUCCAUGCGCUUCGGCGUCUACCGCGCGCCCAGCAUCCACGGGGGCUCGGGCGGCCGCGGCGUGUCGGUGUCCUCCGCGCGGUUCGUGUCCUCCUCCUCCUCUGGGGGCUAUGGGGGCUACGGCAGCGGCUAUGCCGGGGCCCUGGCCGCGUCCGACGGGCUCCUGAUGGGCAACGAGAAGGUGACCAUGCAGAACCUCAACGACCGCCUGGCCUCCUACCUGGAGAAGGUGCGCGCCCUGGAGGCGGCCAACGGCGACCUGGAGGUCAAGAUCCGAGACUGGUACCAGAAGCAGGGCCCCGGGCCCGCCCGCGAGUACAGCCACUACUAUAAGACCAUCGAGGAGCUGCGGGACAAGAUUCUUGGUGCCACCAUUGAGAACUCCAAGGUUGUCCUGCAGAUCGACAAUGCCCGUCUGGCUGCGGAUGACUUCCGAACCAAGUACGAGACGGAGCUGGCCCUGCGCAUGAGCGUGGAGGCCGACAUCAAUGGCCUGCGCAAGGUGCUGGAUGAGCUGACCCUGGCCAGAGCCGACCUGGAGAUGCAGAUUGAAGGCCUGAAGGAGGAGCUCGCCUACCUGAAGAAGAACCAUGAGGAGGAAAUUAGUGCUCUGAGGGGCCAGGUGGGUGGCCAGGUCAGUGUGGAGGUGGAUUCCGCUCCUGGCAUUGACCUAGCCAAGAUCCUGAGUGACAUGAGAAGCCAGUAUGAGGUCAUGGCUGAGAAGAACCGGAAGGAUGCUGAAACCUGGUUCAUCAGCCAGACUGAGGAGCUGAACCGGGAGGUCGCUGGCCACACGGAGCAACUGCAGAUGAGCAAGACGGAGGUCACUGACCUGCGUCGCACCCUCCAGGGUCUGGAGAUCGAGCUGCAGUCUCAGCUCAGCAUGAAAGCUGCCCUGGAAGGCACGCUGGCGGAAACAGAGGCUCGCUAUGGAGCCCAGCUGGCACAGAUCCAGGCGCUGAUCAGCAGUAUCGAAGCCCAGCUGAGUGAUGUCCGUGCUGACACCGAGCGGCAGAACCUGGAGUACAGGCAGCUCAUGGACAUCAAGACGCGGCUGGAGCAGGAGAUCGCCACCUACCGCAGCCUGCUUGAGGGCCAGGACGCCUACUACAACAACCUCACCACCAAGACUGCCUGAGUCCAGCAGCCUCCUGGGCUUCCUGCUUUCAGCAGAGGGAGGAAUGCUCCUGGUAGGGGGCGGGGGAGGGGAGGGACCCUUACCUCUGGCUCUUCCUCUAACCUGUCAAUAAAAUAUUAUGGCCCAAGGGA